AUGACAGGGAGGACGCUGCUUGCUCCCCUCACCGCAGCACCAAUGGCGGACGUGGCGGUAGUUAUUCUCCAUGUGGUGGACGAGAUCCGUAAGGUCGCCGAAGGCACAAGAGAGAACGACCGACAAGCGCUGUUCAAGAGAGUAUUGGCCGUCCAGCCUCCGGUGCUCGCUGUCCGCGAGGGCACCAAACUGUCUUCGUCCGAGGCCCUACGCCAGCUUUUGGCGACCGUGGAGAAAAUACGAAACUUUUUGGGGGGAUAUGCGCAAACGUCCAAGUUUAACCGCGCCCUGAAGCGGAAAGCAAAUGCGGAUCAAUUCACGCAACUCGGCGACAUCCUCACCGAGGAGGUGCAGGCGCUUCAACUGGACGUGGCCGUGGAUGCAUGGGCGAAAGAAGAUGCGUCGGACCGCCUAGCAGAUCUCGACAACAUGGUGGAUACGAUGGAGAGAAUGGAGCGUAGCCGCACGGACAACCACGCAGAGGUCAUGAGUGUCCUUCAGGCACUACGAAAUGACGAGCGGGCGGAGCUAACGGGGUGGGUCGAAAUCGACUACAGCGAAGACCUGGAUUUCGAGGGUAGCACCAUCCUUGGGGCGGGGGGGGUCGGUGAAGUGCGCACAGUAAAGUGGAAUGGGGCAGACGUAGCGGUGAAGCACCUCCUGGCGAGCGGCCUUCCGCGCGACUGUCCGCGCCUUACGUCAGGAGAUUUGCCUCCGCUCCAGUCUGCACUACGCGUUCGUGGCCUCGCUAUAUGCGGCUUCUACCGUACCCCCCCACCUCUGCUUGGUUGUUGA